GCGGGGUGCGGCCGGCUGGCCGUUAGGUGGCCGCGAGCGGGGUGUGCUCGCGCGAGUUAAUUCCCCGCCCCUCCUCCCCCCGUCGGAGCCCGUCACGUGAUGCGGGUUUAAUGUUUACAUUCUAAGCGGGCGCCCCUCUCCCCUCUUCCCCGCGCGCCGCCGGGUGGCGACCGUUUCGCUUUCAUUUCCGGGCAGCCGCGAGCGCGGAACGGAGCCGACGAGCCCCCGCCCCCACCCGUCCGGUUACGGAGCGAACCGAGGCUCCCCUCCCCGCGAGAGAGAGAGAGGCGGUGCCGGGCCUGGGCAUCCCGCACCGAGCCGCCGCGGCACAACAUGGAGGAGCUGGUGGUGGAGGUGCGGGGCUCCAAUGGGGCCUUCUACAAGGCAUUUGUAAAGGAUGUACAUGAAGAUUCAAUAACAGUUGCAUUUGAAAACAACUGGCAGCCAGAGAGACAAAUUCCAUUCCAUGAUGUGAGGUUUCCACCACCUGCAGGCUAUAAUAAAGAUAUAAAUGAAAGUGAUGAAGUAGAGGUUUAUUCCAGAGCAAAUGAAAAAGAACCAUGUUGCUGGUGGCUGGCUAAAGUGAGAAUGAUAAAGGGUGAGUUUUAUGUAAUAGAAUAUGCAGCCUGUGAUGCUACAUACAAUGAAAUUGUCACAAUUGAGCGUUUAAGAUCUGUGAAUCCCAACAAACCUGCAACAAAAGAUACUUUUCACAAGAUCAAACUGGAAGUGCCAGAAGAUUUAAGGCAAAUGUGUGCCAAAGAGUCUGCACAUAAAGACUUCAAAAAAGCAGUUGGAGCAUUUUCUGUAAUAUAUGAUUCUGAAAACUAUCAGCUUAUCAUUUUGUCCAUCAAUGAAGUAACAACAAAGCGAGCAAAUAUGCUGAUUGAUAUGCACUUUCGAAGUCUUCGCACCAAGUUAUCUCUGAUAUUGAGGAAUGAAGAAGCUAGUAAACAGCUAGAGAGCUCAAGGCAGCUUGCAUCACGAUUUCAUGAACAGUUUGUGGUACGUGAAGACCUAAUGGGUCUGGCCAUUGGUACUCAUGGUGCUAAUAUUCAACAAGCCAGAAAAGUACCUGGCGUGACUGCUAUUGAUCUUGAUGAAGACACCUGCACAUUCCAUAUUUAUGGAGAGGAUCAAGAUGCAGUGAAAAAGGCAAGAAGCUACCUUGAAUUUGCUGAAGAUGUCAUACAAGUCCCAAGAAACUUAGUAGGAAAAGUAAUAGGAAAAAAUGGAAAACUGAUUCAGGAGAUAGUGGACAAAUCGGGUGUUGUGAGAGUGAGAAUUGAAGCUGAAAACGAUAAAAAUAUUCCACAAGAAGAGGUGUUAGUUGUGUCAUCAACUGUAACAGGGGAAACUCAGAAACCUGAGAUCAAAUCUUGGCAGGGAAUGGUACCAUUUGUAUUUGUGGGAACCAAGGACAGCAUCACUAAUGCAACUGUGCUUUUAGAUUAUCACCUAAAUUAUUUAAAGGAGGUAGACCAACUACGUUUGGAAAGACUGCAAAUUGAUGAACAGCUCCGACAGAUUGGAGCUACAUCUAGACCACCACCAAAUCGUACUGACAAAGAAAAAGGAUAUAUGACUGAUGAUGGUCCAGGACUUGGGCGAGGUAGUCGGCCCUACAGAAACAGAGGGCACAGCAGACGUGGUCCAGGCUAUGCUUCAGGAACUAAUUCUGAAGCAUCAAAUGCUUCUGAAACAGAAUCUGAUCACAGGGAUGAGCUUAGUGAUUGGUCGUUAGCCCCAGCAGAAGAAGAACGAGACAACUACCUUCGCAGAGGAGAUGGACGAAGACGUGGAGGUGGUGCACGAGGCCAAGGUGGGCGGGGCCGUGGAGGUUUCAAAGGAAAUGAUGAACAGUCACGAGCAGAUAACCGUCAGCGUAAUUCAAGAGAUUCUAAAGGGAGAACAGAUGGAUCACUUCAGAUCAGAAUUGACUGCAAUAAUGAAAGGAGCGUCCACGCUAAAACAUUACAGAAUACCUCCAAUGAAGGUAGUCGAUUGCGCACGGGUAAAGAUCGUAAUCAGAAGAAAGAGAAAUCAGACAGUGUGGAUGGUCAGCAACCAUUGGUGAAUGGAGUACCCUAAACUGCAUAAUUCUAAAGUCAUAUUUCCUAUACUGUUUCAGUGAUUCUUAUUCCACGUUAGAGAAACUUGUUAGGCCAAAGACAAAUAGUAGGCAAAAUGGCGCAGGGCAUGAAAUGAACAUAAACAUUCUGUUAGCCUUUUUUAACAUCAGCAGUAUGCAGUUGUUUUCAGAAUAAGAAGUUAUACAAAUAUUUGCAUAAAAAUAUCUGAACUUCUGAAAAAUGCUUUCAAGUACAUCUUGCACUUCAAACAAUGAAAGAUUCUUUUUGUUUGUUUUAAAAUACUGAGCUGUGCAUUGGUAUACUUUUUGUUCAGUUGUACCAUUUUAAUGCAUUGGGUCAAAAAUCACUGCUCAAUUUCAAUUUUCAGAAUAAAUAGUGUUUGCAGUAAUAAAUUGGACUUCUGUUUUCAAUCUAACUUACAAGUUCUUCAUGAAAUGCUAUGUCGUUUUAUGUCCUGUGUCAGUUCACGUUUUGGUCCACUUUUUUCAGUAUUUUAGUGGACUCUGAAAUAUGUGUGAUGUAACAAUUGUCAUUUUCAUUAGCAAAAAAAGUUGUAUGAUCUGUGCCUUUUUUAUAUCUUGGCAGGUAGGAAUAUUAUAUUUGGAUGCAGAAAUCAGGGAAGAUGAGUUGGAAACACUAAAUGUAAAAUAUAUGUAGCAAACCUUGUCAGACAUUAGUACUUUAUAGAAGAAUGCAUGCUUUCCAUAAUUUUUUCCUUACAUAAGCAUCAGGUUAGGCAGUUAUAAGAAUAGGAAAUUUCUUUUGCACUGAAGAUUUGGCAAAUAGUGCUAUUGAGACAGGGGUGUACAUUUUUUUUGUAGACAGUACAAGAAGUUUACAAAAAAAUCUUUCCAUUUCUGGGAAACUAAAAAUUCAUUGUUACUGAGGGAACAAAUGUAACUUGUUCACAGGUUAGUAAUGUGUGCCUGCUUUUUGGCCAGAUGACCAAUUAAAAAUAACCUUUUUUCAUCCUCUCAAAAGUUUUUUGAAAUGGUUUAAAAUUUUAAUUUGGAGCUUAUCUCAAGAGAGAUAAGAAGAACAUUCCCACAUGUGAUAGAUAGCCUGUUAAGUGCAGGGAGUAGUUUAGCUAACUAACAUUGGAGGCAGGACAAAUACAUAAUUUUUUGAGGUACAAGGUCUGAUUCGCAAGCAGGUUUGGAAGGAGUUAGGGAACUUGGUGCAAAGUACAUAAAGGGGGAAUUAAACGUACUUUUUUCUUUAUUUCUGAUCAUGAAUUAAAUUUACUGGGUAAAACUAUGUGAGGACUUUCAUUUUAAUCUAUUCUAUUUUUAUUAAAAUUACUCCAGUAGGAGUGCCACUGAUUAUGUACAGAACUGUACAAACAUGAUCUUGCCUCUGAUGUAUUUUGUGAGUUUUUUCUUUGCUUUUUUUCAUUCCACUGUUUUUUUCCUUGCAUACAAGUACGCAUAUAAAAAUGGCAACAAACUGCACAUGAUUUAACACAUAUAAAAAUGUCUUAAAAAGUAUUGCCAAACAUUAAUGUUGAUUUCUAGUUAUUUAUUUUGGGAAUGUAUAGUAUUUGAAAACAGAAAUUGGUACCUUGCACACAUCAUCUGUAAACUGUUUUGGUUUAAAAUACUGUAGAUAAUUAACCAAGGUAGACUGACCUUGUAAUGUAACUGCUCUUGGGCAAUAUUCUCUGUACAUAUUAGCUACAACAGAUUGGAUUUUAUGUUGACAUUUGUUUGGUUAUAGUGCAAUAUAUUUUGUAUGCAAGCAGUUUCAAUAAAGUUUGAUCUUCCUCUGCUAACUGAUGUUGAUGCAAUCCUUAUGAAUGAUUGCUUUUAAAAACAGUCAACUUAUAACAAGUAGAGAGAGCCUAUAUUUCUCUGUUAAAGUUUAACUGUAGCCAUUGUUCCAUAUGUUAUAGAAAGCUUCUAAAACGUUACCAGUUUUCGAAAAUUGGCAGAUAAUGCUAUAAAUACGGAACCACUUUGGUGAAAUGGUACAAUACAUGUUGAGCUAUUAUAAUAUGCACUAGAUUUUUUACACUCAAAGGCUGAGUUCAAUAAGGUGCUAACUAGGUUAUAUGCGAAUUGCUAAUUACUAAAACUUCAAUUUGAUGGGCUAAUCACAUUCCAGUUUCAAAUGCAUUUUGGGGUAAUGACAUAUUUUACAGUAUUUCUGUGUGCUAAAGUUAAACAUGUAUCCCUUUGCAUUCAAAUUUCAAUGUUUUUAAGUGUUAGUAAAUUUCAAAAACAUAAAUUGUAAAUCUAAAUGUAAAUUUUAUUUUGAAAAAUCAUGCAUUGUUACAAAGCUUGAAAGUGCAACAUGUCUGAUGGUUGGGUUCAGAUCCUACUGGUAACUUAUAAAGUAUGGUCUAAUGAAUUAAAAUUAUUUUAAAAAAUAAAGUUUUUUUUUAAACAGUGAAA